GGGAAGUUUGAAAAAUUAUUAUUCUAAACAAUUUUAUUUGUAGAACAACAUUAAACUAAUCGUUUUACAAACUAAUAAUUUAUAUAAUACGACACAUAAGAUAUUUUUACAUAUCGUUUCUUAAUCAUAUUAAGUUGAAGAUGAAAAGGGAAAGUAGAUACAAAAGUAGCAUUAAGGUGUACUAUCAGCAUUAGCACCAGAUUAGAAGUAGAGAAAGAAUAAGAAAAAGAUUUUUUUUUUUGUUUUUUUUUUUACGUUUCAAUUUAUCUAUAUUCACACAAAUUAUACUCGAUCUUAUUAUCGAUCUAUUAAUCUCAGAUUUCUAUACAUGUAUAUAUAUAUAUAUUAUAUACAUAUAUAUAUAUAUAUAUGUAUAUAAAUAUUAUAUAUUUUUUUUUAAAUACAAGACUAAUGGUCCUAGAGAUCGAUCCUAUGCGCUAAAUAGUUUUUGCUAAAAUGUCGAAACGAGUGUUUCCAAGUGUUGUUUUCAAAAUCAGAGAUAAUCAAUAAUCAAUCGGCAGUAUAUUCCGUCACGAGUACAUACAUGUAAGUACGUAUACAUUUAUUACGUCUUUGAUAAAUAUUUGUAUAAUACUUUUUGAAAACUGCGCAAAUUUCAAAACUAUAAUAUAAGAUUUUAUUUUUUUGAUAAAAUGAUUUCCAUACAUUUUUUUUCUUUUCUUUUCUUUUUUUUUUUUUCCUCUUUUUUUUCCCUUUCUUUUGAUAAUAUUUCGUAUAUAAUACUACGAUAAUUGAAAAAAAAAACGAUCAUUACGAAUCGUUACAAAUAAAUAAAUAGAUAUAAUUAUUAUUACGUCUUCUUUUGUAUCUUCAUAUCCUUUUUUAUAUUCACCAUCGAAGAAUACCAAUACAAUAAUGUUUUUCUAAUUGUUGCUAAUGAUACAUGUACCAUUGCGAUUGAAACGAAAUAUACAAUGAAAUUGCGAAAUUAACGUAUUAUUUAACAUUGUUUAAAUAUUACACAUAUUUGUUUUUUAAGCGAACUUUCUUUUGUUCUUUCCUUUUGUUCUUCUCGUUUUUUUAUCUAUUUAUUUUUUUUCCCUUUAUUUUUAUUUUACUUUAAAUUGUAUAUUUUAUUUGAUAUUGUUCGUAUAUUAAGGAUAAACGGAUCCACGAUAUAUAAUUACAAUGAUUUACAAUUUAUUAAACAGUCGUACUGAAAAUAUAUCGUGUUUAACGAUAAAUUUUUGCAAUCUGAUAUUUUUUGAAAUAGAAAGUAAAAAUUGUGUUCCAGAUGUAUUUUGUGAAAAAAAAAAAAAAAUAAAAAUAAAAAAAUUGCAAUCUGAUAAUUAUUUAAUAAUAUCAGAUUAUCAAUAAAAUUAAUUACAAUGUUAAUGUCAAAAUUUAAUUUAUACUUUUUCGAUAUAUGUAUGUGUACGUAGAUAAAAUACUUUCGAAUAUUGACAUUUUGCUUAAUCAUUAGGAUAAUAUAAAUAAUAAUAAUUUAAAGAUAAAAUUUAUAUAUAUUUUUUUUUUUUAUAAAAAAUCAUUAUCAGCAAUUUGAUUCUCUAGAUUACAGUACUAUGUGCAACUCGGUACAAUUAAAGACCGAAAAUAGAAAUAUAAUAAUUCCUUCUUUUCGUAUUGCGAUUUAAUUAAUAAAAAUUCUAAUAAAUUUUACGAUCGACAAUUUUGUCACGCAUAAAAGCAAUCAAAAGUUAUGAAGUAUUUACCGCGGAGAAAAAUAUUUUUUAUCGAUUAUAUCAUAAGAAUAAAAAUAAAUCAUUCAAUUUAUUUAUUACAGGAACUUGAUAAAAAUUUCAAACAAGUUUUGUUCUCAAAAGAGUAAAAGUUAAUUUGAUUUCAUAAAAAUUAUUUUUAUGCUUCAAAUAAUAUAUUAAUUUCGUUAUAAUUAAAGACAGAAAAUGAUAAGCAUAUCACGCGAUACAAUUUCGAAAAGGAAUUUCUUCUUCGAGAAGAAUUUUAAUAAAUACACGAACAUUAUAUAACGAAUUCGUCUUUCACCGAGUUUUUCGUAUUAUUACACGUAUUAUAUCCUUAUUAGAUCGUCUCUAUAAUCAUAUUCGUAUCUUUACAUCUCCAUAUACGAGGGAGGAGGGAUCAAACAUGGAUUGUACGAAAAUGUUUCGUAAAAAAUGUAAGAAUGUAAGUAUAAAGAUAUUGCCAAAAAUUUGUUACGUCAUAUAUGUCUAUAUAAAUACUAUUAUGGAAGAAAAUUAAUCGCGACAUAUAUAGGGAGGAGUAAAAUUUGAAAGAAGAAAAAAGAAAAAAGAUACUUUACAAAUCAUAAUUGUACGUUCCUUUCUCGACUUAAUGAUUUCAUCCAAUACCUUUUACGAUAGAUUUUGAAGAGCAACGGUAUAUAAAUAGAAUAAAGUGCGAAUAAAUAGAUUAGAAAAGAGAUUAAUACGAAGGUGCUCGGAAGAUUAACCGCAGGAGAAAAUAAAAGAAUUUGUUUUAUUCGCUGUAACAAUUGUUUUCCUGUAAACUUACUAUUACUAGUUUCCGAUGCAUCGUUUCGAGAUAAAAUAGGGAUACUCGAUCGAUAAAAAGGACAGACAGAGAGAGAGAGAAAGAGAAAAAGAGAGAGAGAGAGAAAGAGAGAUGUGAUUAAUUUAAAGAAGAGGUUGAAGGCAUGAGUGCAUGAAGACGUGCAGGAAGGAUAGAAUGAAUGGCGUAGAAAAAUAUAAAAUAGAUUUUCGAAGUAGCAUAGAUAAUUCGAUAUUUCGCUCGCAUAUUAAUCUUUUAUCUUUGAGCUUGCUUAGCAAGAUUUCACGGUGUAUUAAUUUCGCGAUCAAAGUGGAUCGAUCGAUGUGUCGUUUUACAUCAUCGGUUUACAACAUAUUGAUAAUAUUUAUUGAAAAUAAUAUACCGAAUAUUUUAUCGUUUUAAAUAUAUUUAAAGAAAUUUUUCAAUUUUUUUAUCUCGAUCGUGACAAGAUUCAAAGAUUCUGAAUAACACCUAUGAAAAAUAUAUUUUUCGUAUAUACACGUGACACGACGUGUACAUAUAGCGUUAGUAUUUUUGCACGCGAGAUACUUGUUACCGAAAAAAAGAAGAAUUAUUAUUAUUAUUUCGGAUGGUUAUUAUUAUUCUUUUUCUCAUUUUUUAUUUUUUUUAUUUUUUAUUUAUUUUUUAUUUAUUUAUUUAUUUAUUUUUUUUUUUUUACGAGGAUAACAAUAUCGACUUUCGAAUUUUUCAACGCUGCGAAAUUUUUUUGGAAAUUGGAAACUGAGACGUAACAAUGUAAUAUUUGUAAUAUAUAAUGCACUUUUGGGUUUGUGUUCUUAAGCUUUAUAAAAUUGUUCUCUCUAUAUUCAUUGACUCUUUUUAAUAGAAGAAGAAACUUGAUAUUUCGAUUGUCAAUGCUGCACUUUCGAUUUGAAGAGGAUCGCGAUGUUUCCAUUCGUAUUAUCUUUCGAUUUGUUGUGAAACGAACGAAGAGAAUACGAAAAGUAUCCGAACCAUGGAUACGUUUCUGUAAAUUAAUCGUAGCACGAAAAUCCUUUUCUUUCUUAUUUCCUUCUUUUUUUUUUUUUUCUUUCAGAUGAUUUAUCACGAACCACCGGAACGAAUAAUUACGAUUUAUACGAAACAAAAUGGAAUACAGCUUAUCGUUGAGAUACGAUCGAAGAAAAGAUGGAAAAAGGGGGAAUCAAUAUCGUGCCAUCGAUAUUUCGAAUUGUUGUAAUAAAGGAGUAUACAGAUUGUUUUCUUUUUUUUUUUCUUUUAUAUCGUACCGAAAGUGAAUUGUGUGUGUGUGUGUGUGUGUGUGUUGUACAUAGAUUUUUCGUUUCGAUUAAAUAUAGAAGAGAUUUUGGGGGAAUGUGCUCGCACAACGCAUAAAUGAGAAAACGCGCACAUUUUUCCAUCAUCGUGUCAAUCAAGAAAUUAAUCGAGAAAUUUUGCGUUCUCAAAUUCGUGUUCGAAUUGACCGAAAUUGCGGAAGCACGAAAUACACGAUGAAAAAACACGAAGAAAACUUCGCGUCUACGAGUCGAUUUUGAAUAAUUUGAGAAAAGGCAAUGAUAUGUACUUAGCCUAGUAUUAUAUAUGUAAAUAACUAUAUACGCAUAAAUAUACGCGAGCGAUGUAACAAUAUUUGUUUACAUUAAUUGCACGAACUGCACAUUAGUACAUAGAUACUAACUUACUAACAUUCUCUUUCCAAAUUUCCUCGCCAAUUCUUAAUAAUGAAACGAUAUUUUCUUACCCAUGAUUUAUAUAAAUUCGUAGAAUUCCAAGUAUCGGCAAUUUUUCUCUCGAGAGAGGAAAAAAUUAUUAAUCGUUUCUAAUCGAUCGAUUUAAAAGUACCGAUAUUCAUCCUACAGUAUAUAUUCAUCGAUAUAUAAUAAAUAUCGGUAUAUAUAUAUAGAAUUUUUUCUUUUCUAUAUAGAACAUGUGCAUUUUAAAAAAAUUUAUAAAUAAUUUCCCCCGGGAGAGAAGCGAAAGAAGAAAGAAUAGAAACUAAUACAUCGAAUAAAACGAAGAACGAAUAGAAAAUUGCAUUUAUGAUCGAAAUCGUUAUAUUUUUCCUUCCAAUUAUUCCUUUUUCUUUUUCCUUCGCUUUAUCUUUUAUCUUCGAUAAUGCUCGAUAAUUCUCAAAAAAUAUGUUUCGUUAUAAAAUAUUAUUAUUGUUCUUUCUAUCGUUGUUACUUUGUCUUCAUUUUAUUUAUCGAAUUAACGCGCAAUGCGUGUAAAUAUAUAUAUAUAUAUAUAUGUAUAUUGAGCGAAAAAUCGAAAAUCAUCAAACUAAAAAAAUAGAUAGAUAGAUAGAUAGAUAGAUAAAGAGAUAGAUAGAUAGAUAGAUAGAUAGAUAGAUAGAUAGAUAGAUAGACGCGUAAAAAAAGAGCGAAAUGAAUGGAGCUAAAAAAAAAUACUUUAAUCCUUUCGAUCGCGAUCGUCGAAUAAUACAUCUCGUUAUACAUAUCUAAAUAUUAUAUAAAUCUAAUCUUGCGAAUUCGAUUCUCUCAAAUCGAUAACGAUUAAAUAAAUAUAAUUAAUGAGAAUUAUUAAAUAAAUAUAAGUUUCAAAUACUAAUUAUUACGGUGAUCGAGUUGAAAGAGAUUAAAAGAUUAGGGUAUGCAAACAUUAUCGUAAAUUCGGAUGAAAUAUUUUUAAUCACCUUAUUAUUAAUUUUUACCAAUACCAACCUAUUAACCGUGCUGCUGAUAUCGAGAAAAAAAACAACAGAGAAAGAGAGAGAGAGAGAGAGAGAGAGAGAGAGAGAGAGAGAGAGAGGAGAGACGAAAGCAAAUAAAACGUCUGUUUUAAAUCGAUGAUAUAUAUAUAUAUAUAUAUGUAUGUGUGUGUGUGUGUAUACGUUUUUCAUUCCAUUGGAAAUAACGACGUUUUUCGUUCGUUAAACGAUCGACCCAAUAUAUUAUCAUCUUGUGCGAUUUUUCUUUUUUUUAUUAUUAUAUAUAUGUAAGAUCUUAAAAAGAAAAGAAAAAGAAAAGCGGUGAAUCGCAUGCUUGUCGAUCAGCUACCUAUAUCAGAAAUUUUUAAAAUUGAUUAUCUUGCUUUUAUGUUUCCUUAUUGCAGAGAGAGAGAGAGAGAGAGAGAGAGAGAGAGAGAGAGAGAGAGAGAGAGAGAGAGAGACGUUACAAACUCUAGAAUUUUCUAUCACUUUUUCACCAGCUUCGGAUUAAUAUAUCACUACACACACACAGAUACGCUCUGAGCUUAAAUCAUAAUUAAUACGAGUUUUAACGGGAUUGCCCUAUUUUUCAUUUUUUUUCCUUUUUUUCCCGUUUAUUCGAUACUUUGUUAAACUAUGGAUUUGAAAUACAAUCGUUACUACCCUAAUUUAAGGAGCGUGACGUUUGAUGCAUAUUACGCGAUAACGCUAAAUAUUCUUCGUAGUAGAUAUAUUAUAUUGCACGCAUAUACAUUGCUAGCUUAAUUGUUGCGUGAAAUCCAUAUAUAUAUAUACCAAGUGUCGUUGUGGAGUUGUGGAUCGACGUAUGGUGAAACGACACCAAAAAGUUGAGUAUUUGAUUGUAUUUUCACACAUUUGAACCGUUGAAUUUUCUAUAAUUAUCGUAUCGAUGCGUACUGUUGAUGUUCGAGCCAGACAGAUAAAAGGACAUUCCAAGUCAAUUCUUCGUACGACCGUUUAUCUUCUCAGUUGUACGUAUAUCGCGAAUCGUUCCAUACCGCUAACUACAGAUAAUUAAGUAUGUGUGCAUUGUGGAUCAGCCAAGACUAGAACCCAAUAUUUCUUUGAAGAGAAAAUCGAUUAAAAUAAUCCAUUUUACAAAGGUAAAUAAAUAUCGUGCCGUCAAUUUCUCUCCCAAGCAUUUUUACCAAGUUUUUUCACUUCUUGACAUUUUAAAUCACAAUUUUUUCUUUUUUAAGGAGAGAGAAAAAAGGAUGGAAAUAUGCAGGAAAUAUGUAGAAAUACGUAAAUAUUAUAUCGUUUCUUGAGAUCGAUCCUUCUUUUACAUUUGUUCCAACAAACGAGUAUAUUUUUCUUCUGAUGAUAAAUUUAAUUUUCGAUACGAUUUUGGAUACGACGAAAAAAAAAAAAAAACGUAGAAUUCGUAUUUGUAUGAUACAUUUAUAUUCAAAAAUUAUUAUUAAUCGGUAAUACAUUUUAUAUUUGCUCAUUGAUAUUAAGUCAUGAGCAAAAAAGAACGACGAAGACAGUUUCUCUUCUUUAUUACUACAUAAUCUAUGUUUCAACAAUGUAUUGGACAUCUGGAAGUGGUAGUGAGUUUUUCCCGCGUUUUAAAUUGAAUGUUCAAAGAUGGGAGGUGAGAAUGAUAUCGAUGAAUCUAUGGAUAUUGAAAUUUUGCCAUCAACGAGUGGUUAUAACGUGAAAGAUAAAGAGAAAGAUAAAAAGUUGGAUCAUUUGCCAUGGAUCGAAAAAUAUCGACCACAAAUAUUUUCCGACAUUGUUGGUAACGAGGAUACGGUAUCCAGAUUAUCGGUUUUUGCUCAACAAGGCAAUUGUCCCAAUAUCAUCAUUGCCGGUCCACCAGGAGUUGGUAAAACUACGACUAUAUUGUGCUUAGCACGCAUUUUACUAGGGCCAAUAUUUAAAGAGGCAGUAUUAGAGUUAAACGCCUCGAACGAUCGAGGAAUAGACGUAGUAAGGAAUAAAAUUAAAAUGUUUGCUCAAAAAAGGGUGAAUCUGCCAAAAGGAAAACACAAGAUAAUAAUUCUAGACGAAGCUGAUAGCAUGACUGGCGGUGCUCAACAAGCAUUAAGAAGAACGAUGGAAAUAUACAGCAACACGACUAGAUUUGCGUUAGCUUGUAAUUCUAGCGACAAAAUUAUCGAACCAAUACAAUCACGCUGUGCUAUGUUAAGAUAUGGAAAAUUAUCGGAUGCACAAAUUUUAGCAAAGAUCAUCGAUAUUUGUAAAAAGGAAGAUGUUUCGCAUACGGACGAUGGAUUGGAAGCAAUAGUGUUUACCGCACAAGGUGAUAUGAGACAAGCCCUAAAUAAUUUACAAUCGACGCAUAAUGGUUUUAAUCACGUAAAUAGUGAAAAUGUUUUCAAAGUCUGCGACGAGCCGCAUCCAUUGCUCGUUAAAGAAAUGCUUGAAUUUUGUAAAGAGGGCAAUAUUUCCAAAGCAUACGGGGUAAUGGAACAUUUAUGGAAAAUGGGUUAUUCCGCGGAAGAUAUAAUUAAUAAUAUAUUCAGAGUUGCAAAAAAUCUAUCCAUCGAUGAAACGUUAAAAUUAGAUUUCGUGAAAGAAAUUGGAAUAACUCAUCUGGGAAUAGUGGAUGGAGUUAACAGUUUGCUACAAAUGAACAGUCUUCUUGCCAGACUUUGUAAAAGAGCAAUUCAGUAAAGAAAGAAAAAAAAUGAAAUGUACAAUAAUAAGAUGUAAAAGUUGAUAAUUUAGAGAGAAAAAAAUUUAUUUAUAUGCUUGUAUUAUAUAAUUUUUUACUUUUAAAAUGCCUUUGUUCCUAGAAACGAUCAUUUCAUCAUGAAACGUUUGAAUUAAUACUAAUAAUUAUAAAAUACAUAUUUGGACUAGCAAUUGAAAAAAGA